AUGGGAAACCUCCCGAAAAAUAGAUUGCAAUCCAAUCGACCAUUUUUGAAUGUAGGUGUCGACUAUUGUGGACCAUUUUUUAUCAAAGAAAAACGCCACCGUAACCGCAAUAAGGUAAAGGCUAACGUCGCCGUGUUCAUUUGCUUCGCAACCAAAGCCGUUCAUUUAGAAUUAGUCGGCGAUCUAACUAUAGAAUCAUUUAUCGGUUGCUUAAAAAGAUUUUUCUCACGUCGCGGAAAAUCACAGAAUAUUUAUUCUGACCACGGUACAAAUUUCAUCGGGGCUCGAAACGAGCAGAAACAGCUUUACGAUUUGAUUCAGUCCGCACAAACGGAUCCUAAGGUUCAAACUUAUUUAUCAAAGGAGCGAAUUACUUGGAGUUUCAUUCCCCCUCGCGCUCCCCACAUGGGUGGUCUCUUGGAGGCCUCUGUCAAAUUAUUCAAGCAUCAUUUACUUAGAACAGCAGGUAAAACUUUACUCACUCACGAACAAUUGGAAACAUUUGUAAUAGAGGUAGAAGCCAUUCUCAACUCUCGACCUCUCUCCCCUCUUUCCCCUGAUCCUAAUGAUCUGCUUUCUUUGACACCUGGUCGUUUCCUGAUCGGUAGUCCACUGACCAGCUUUCCACAGACUGAUUUACGUGACAUCCCGGCUGGGUGGCUGUCAUCAUGGGAACAUGCUCAACAAAUGCGACAGCAUUUUUGGUCCAGAUGGCAGAAGGAAUAUCUGCAUCAAAUGAUCAGCCGCAACAAAUGGCAAUCAACCAGCGAUCCAGACAUUAUCAAGGUCGGAACUCUCGUCGUCCUGAAAGAAGACAAUCUUGCUCCCAUGGAUUGGAAGCUAGCUCGCAUUGUAGAUGUACAUCCAGGGCAAGAUAAGGUUGUUCGAAUUGUAACAGUGCGAACAAAUACAGGGGUGUAUAAGCGCAGCGUUACACGAUUGCGACCACUUUCGAUCUAUGAAUGCAAGGAUGAUUAA